UACAUGACAGUUUCAUAUUAUCUUUUCUAUAACUUGAUAUUUUGUUUUUAGAUUUUAAACAUUUUUGAUGACGAUUUGCAAAAACAUGAGCGCCACACUCUCAAUUAAUCAGAAGCAUUUGAGCGUCAAUGAGAAUCAUUUUGGCGGCGUUGUAGAGCGAAACCGUUCACGAUCGGAACGAGCCUCCAGCUUGGCACUGCCGCACAACUCCCUCUUGGACUUUUAUGAUAAAGAGCAGGAACAAUGCAGCUCGGUGGCAUUAUUGCCGACGACCGUCAAUGUGGUGGUGCGUCGGCACUCGUCGCACUACUAUCCAAUGCUAGAGGAGAAGCACACGUCGCCGUUGCAGCAACAACAGCAACAACAAUCAUUAAAAACACAUACACAAAUGCAGAUGCAGACAAGACAAUUAAAUGCGAUGACCGCAAAUGGUGGCGCGCUCCCAACGCUGACCGUUGCCAUUCCCGAGUUGCCGCAAUACAAUUAUAAUCAUAAUAAAGCUGGUCAAUUGGCGAUGCAGGACAUGCAAUCGAUGUCAUCAUUGCCGCUUUCAAGCCUUGUGAAUGGCAAAGAGAAAAAAGUUUUCACAUACAAUACGGUGACCAACAGUGCCAAUAGUGCCGCCAAAAACCAACCUAUGAACUUGCCCAACACAGCAGCCCACUCAAGCAUUGUACCGGAUACACCACCCCCACCCGUCCCGAAGCGAACGUUUCGUGGCAAUUACGCUUGGAACGCAGCAAUUGAUUCGCCUACGCCCACGUCCGCAAGUCAAACACCAACCAAAGAUAAACAACACAUCAGUGCCGGCACCGCUUUUGUUUAUCCACCGCAAACACAAACCCUUUCACCCGGCCAUCGGCUACAUCAGCAACAGAGCAAUACGGUUUAUUACAACUCGGCCAUUGGUGGCGGCAACGUAGGCGCAGACCCCGCACAAAUACAAAGUCAAUCCCUGCUUGUUGACCUGGCCACACGUCCGCUAUACGUGGACUCAGGCCUGGAUGCCGGCGCUAUUUCAGAUGACGAUCGGAUGAGUUUGGAAAAUUCUGUAUUUGAUGAGUCGUUGACUUCGACACCUGUCAAGGUCACUAAGGCUGCGUCCGAAGGUACGGGAGGUGGAAAGCUGCUAAAUGCUGCAUUCACAGCAAAGACAUUGGUAGCUUUUACUGGGGAUUUGAGCAACGCUGUAAAACGUGCAAAUCGCUCGUCCAGCAGUACGGCUGACUCUACCAUCACCAUCUCUUCUGGCUACGGUUCAGGUCAUAGUGAACGUUUUGCCUCCUCUUCGACUAGUGCGGACUUCCGCAGUCGUUUCUCAUCUGUUGAUACCCAGUCAUCAAUCGAUAGUUGUCCAACAGAGAAGACAAGCGAGUCUUCUGUCUCCAAAGAUUAUUCUAAAAUGGAACGAACAUUGCUUAACGAUGCUAUGAACGAAUACAAUAACUUAAAUAAUAAUGAAACUCGCAUUCAUGCAGGAUGUAAUAUUUUGGUUGGUAAUAACAAUACGCCCCCUAGUCGCCACUCUCCAAAUGCGAAUACACAGAUGAACAAUGGAUUGGUGCAGCAAAAACCGCCUAUAGUUCCAACACGAAAACAGUAUUCAGAUGUAGCAAAGAUUCCGCCACCCUGCAGUAAAAACAGUUCACAGCAGUCACUACAUAGCAGCGGUUGUGGCAGCGGCAGUGGUAGUGUGGGCAGUAGUAACGCUGUAUCCACGGUAUCGGCUUCCACGUCCACGUCCUCUACGGUGUCGGCUGGUUCGGGUACUUCUACGGGUUCUCUGCUGUCAGGUUCGGCCACUACAUCGAAUAAUGCCAUCUCACCGCUUACACACAACGCAGCCAAUGUUUAUCAACAGCCAAAACGUCCAGUACCGCCGAUACCGCCAACACGCGGUCAAAUUAGUCUCGAUCAUAACAUCAAUAAUGGUACGCAAAUUGAAGCAACAUCGGCUGCGUCGAAACCACCGACAGCGCUAAGCGUUCGGAACAAGCUUGGUAAAAAUAAACCUCCACCUAUCGUUUACCCAAAACUACAUCAACGGCAGGACUCCAAUUUGUCCAGUGACAGUUUUUCCGCCACUUCCAGUCCUGGUUAUAACUCAAAAAAUCUUAUGGAUGUACCGCUACUUCAGAAUGCUGCGCGCAUCAAUAAGAGCGGUACGGGUGCGGGUAUGGGUAUGGGAGUGGGUAUGGCUGUUCGGAAUACGGAUUCAGUGGAUGCUUUUAAUUUAAAUGGAUCACGGUUUGCUGCGCUAACAUCCGGUGGAAUGGGAAAUCCUGUGCUACCACCUCCACGUAACAAAUACAGCUGCCGUCAGGACUCCAAUAUUUCCAGUGAUAGUUUCAGUCAAACAUCCAGCCCAAGUUACAAUACAAAGCAAAUGGAAGCUCCUUUAUUACCCUCGCUCUCUGUAAAAAGGUUGUGCGGCGUCCCGGCGCCAAUUGUUUACAAACAAAAACUGCAAAAUGAAACCAUCGAAGAGAUGGAACAAUCGGUUCCUAUGUCGCCACUUACCAAAUGCGUAUCCACUCCGGCUAGCCUACAAACAAUUGUACGAUUCCAAAAUGGAGCCCCUAACACAAUGUCACUACAGCAGCAGGAGAUUAUUAAUCAACGCAAAAGCUCCAAUCCUUAUAUCACCAAUGGUCGACUGAAGUUUCGUCUCUUUCAAAUCUUAGUAAACGCAUUCGCUUUAUUGAUGAUUGCUGGUGGCUUGGCCGCAUAUUUCAAUGCCUAUCCAACUAUAAAAUUCGUCAACAAAACGAUUAUAAACACCGUCCAUGUGGAGGAUACUUCGAUUUAUGGAAAGAACCCUGCACCCGGUACUUGUUUACCUAUCAUAGUGAAAUUUUGCCAAGGUCCACAAAUCCCCUACAACUACACCGUGUUCCCCAAUUACAUUGGGCAUUUCGGGCAACUAGAAACUCAAGUGGUAAUACCUUCUGUUACAUAUUUUCAUCUACUUUUACUUAAUGAUUACCUACAG